AUGUUUGCAGACGACAUAGUCUUGAUUGGAAGCGAACCGAGUGCACUCGAAAGCUCCCUGAAUAUUUUGAGCGAAGCCUCCCAAUCCAUUGGACUUGUAAUACAUCCAGGAAAAACCAAAUGGAUGAAAAACAACUACACCAAUGACUAUCGUUUAUGCAUGAAAGGAUCAGUCAUUGAAGAAGUCUCAUCGUUCACGUAUCUUGGCCAAGCAAUAACGAUGGAUAAUGAUCUUACAGGAGAUCAGCCGGCGUCGAAAGGCGGGAUGGGCCACAUUUAA